AUGAACCAAUCACAGCCGUUUGUGUUUACGUGAUAAGGUAUUUUAUUUUAAUUGUAUCGUAGAUAUGACUGCAAGUCGAUUUUCUUUAAUAUAAGAGGCGUACAUCUGUGAAUUACAUUAAUUUAAUUAAUUAUACCUUUAAUUUGACAAAUGUAUCAGGUUGACUGGACGUCAUCAUAAAAUCUGAACGCGCUUCAAUGUGGGAUUUGUAUAUAUGAGCCUCCACGCGCCCCCUGACGGACAUUUUCUAUUAUCCAGCAACACUGACCACCAAAUGGAUUCGUUCUGAUGUCAGAUGUGCACCUGACAGAUGUUCGCUGACAAUUUUUAUCGACUGAACAUUAUUUCCUUCCUCUAUUCCCCUUUAAAUCGAGCGAACUUCCCUGUUGACAGCGCAGUGAGCGCGCAGCAGUGAACGCGCUUCGCGUCUGCGUCUCCGUAGAUCAAAGGGUGACAUGAAUGCGUUUUGAUCGGCCUUUACUGGACACUAUCACAUUCUACGGACAUUUAAAGGAUGGAUUUGGACGUGCUGAACAUGUUCAUCAUUGCCGGAGGGACGCUGGCGAUCCCCAUACUGGCUUUUGUUGCCUCCUUCCUGCUCUGGCCUGCAGCUCUCAUUAAAGUUUAUCACUGGUAUUGGCGCAGAAGGCUGGGGAUGCAGGUGAAUUAUGCAGAAUAUCAAAGAUAUCGCUUCUGUUACUCUCACAGAGGGAAUCCAGGAGCGCGUCCGUCCGUCCUCAUGCUACACGGAUUCUCUGGACACAAGGACAUGUGGCUCGGCGUGGUCAAGUUUCUCCCUAAAAAUAUGCACUUGGUGUGUGUUGACAUGCCGGGACAUGAAGGAACGACACGCACCAGUGCUGUGGAUUAUUCCAUAGAGGGACAAGUCAAACGGAUACAUCAGUUUGUGAAGAGCAUCGGCUUGAACAAAAAGCCUUUCCAUUUGAUCGGCACGUCUAUGGGUGGAAACGUGGCAGGAGUUUAUGCUUCCCGACACCCGUCUGAUCUCUGCGGCGUCACUCUCAUCUGUCCAGCAGGUCUUCAGUAUCCCACUGAAAGCAAGUUUGUUGAGCGUUUGAGGGAACUGGAGAAAACUCAGGACAGUGACGGGAUCCCGCUGAUUCCCUCUACUCCAGAGGAGAUGGAGGAGAUGCUCAGACUGUGUUCCUUCGUGCGCUUUAAGAUUCCUAAACAGAUUCUUCAAGGUCUGGUUGACGUUCGCAUUCCAAACAAUGACUUCUACAGAGAGUGUUUUAUGGAGCUUGUUGGAGAAAAAUCCAGACACUCUUUACAUGAGAACAUGCAUCUCAUCUCAACUCCUCUGCAAGUUAUUUGGGGGAAAAACGACCAGGUGUUAGACGUGUCCGGGGCUUCAGUUCUGGCCGAAGCCGUUCCAGGAUCCCAGGUUCAUUUGCUGGACAACUGUGGUCAUUCUGUAGUGAUGGAGCGGCCGAGGAAAUCCGCCCAGCUCAUCAUGGACUUUAUCAUCGCACAACAGAACGCAGGAAUCAACAAGAAACUUUCCUAAAACAGGACUCUGUAUAUCUUUAAUACGUGGUGUCAUGGUUGUGCUAAAGGUUAAGGAUCUCAGCUACAAACAUAAAGUUGUUGAAGCAGAAACUGGAAAGUUUCAGACAUCACAGUCCUGCUACUCAAAGUAUAAUUCAUACAGUUUGUGCUCUGAAAGAUGAAAGGCUCUUUUAAAAGUAACAAUAUUUGAUUUUACAGUGUGUAAAUAUCCAGUAAAUGUUAUUUUUGUAGUGAACGCUCAGGGACGCACACUAACCGCUGAGAUGAAAAGCACUUCAGAAGCUAUGCAGAUCCAGAUCAGUGUCCUGCAGACAGUCUCCAUUUCUAUUAAACUUAGAUUAGACCAAAAACAGUUGUUUACUAUUAUAUAUAUAUAUAUAUAUAUAUUUAUAUAAUUAUAAUUUUCCUCUGACACCAUUCCAUGUUUGAAGAGAUCUACCUAGACAGCUUUUCUGUGCAUCGUAGGCACUUUCCUGAACUAAUCGAAUGCCCAGAAAUGCUGUCUGUAUAUUUAAAUUGAGACGCAGCCUAUAUGUCUUUCCCUUUAGUCGUUUACCAUGUUUUUCGCCAUUUUAACAUGAUUUAAUGUUGACGUUGAAACUUGUGUGAUAUUUACAUCACUUUCUUUCUACUAUAUAGAGUUCUUACAAGUCAGAUCUUGCUGUUUUAUCCUUCUACAUGAGACUGAAUCUUUUGAAAAUGUAGUUUGGGAAAUAUGCAAACAACUAUUUCAUGACUUUGGUAUGGUAGUGUUAAAAUCUGGUUAAUAAAACUGUCUUAAACAAAA